GGUCGUUACGCUGAUGAAGCGGGUCAUUAUCCGAGUGCACGAGCUGACGAACGCAAAGGGGGAGGAGGGCGCAAGGAUCGUGAGAGAUCACCCCGGGACAGGAAGCGUAGCAAUGGCCGGCGGGGUCGAUACU